AUGUGUCAGAGACUCAAGGAGAUAUUUGAAAUGAUUUCAUUGAAUACUAUACCAACUCCACCUUCAUCCGAUCCUAAAGAAAUUCGAAUUUUUUCAAAUGAAUUAAUAUUAUGUAUGAAUGAUUUAGAUGAUAUUCAACUUUCACCAACUUCAUUACCUACAACUAAUGAAACCUUCUUCUAUGAUGAUAGGUAUAAGAAUAUUACUUCAUUUCAUGACCUAUGCUCAUUGAUUGAUCAAGAAAUACAAGAAUGGAUAAUAAAUGAUGAUAUAACAACUUCAACGGAUACUAUUGCAACCAUAUCAAAAGAAAAUUUUAAAUUACCUACAAGUAAUACUAGUUAUUUACCUCCUUUGAGGGAUCAAAAUAAUAAAGAAUUACCUUUGAGUUUCCAACCGUAUGAUUCGUCUUCGAAAUUUCAAGAUUUUAAAUUACGCAAUUCAUUAUCGGAAGAUUUCAAAUUACGAAAUGCUAUUAAUAAAUCAUUAGUAUCAGAAACUGAACCUAUUUUUGCAAAUUAUUUUGAAUCAUUAGCUAGAUUCCCCGAAUUAAUUAAUUUACAUUAUCCAAAUUGUGAAUCAUCAUCAGUACAAAUUAUACCAACACAAGAUACAUUUCAAUUAAAUAAAUAUAAAUCAAUCAGAAAACAUAGAUUCUUUUCAAAUAGACCAUCAUCAAGUAAUCAUAAAAAGAUUAUAAUUAAAAAAAAACGUUAA